UUAGCUCAGCUGGUUUAUUGUACCAUCCAGUCCGCCUGAAUUUCGCCGCAAAGCGACCUGAAUCGAUACCAUUUGAUAACCUAUAUCCACGCAGGGGUAUAGACAAUGAUGUAGUCGUUUGGUAUUCGUUUUAAUCCUUAGCUGUAUGUUGAUUUAGUGCGUGUGUGUUGUGUUAUGUUAGACAUUAUUUUGUGUUUUCAUCGCCGCACCCACCAUAUUUAUUUUUUAUUGUGGGCUAGCUAGCGAACAUUUGCUGGAAGCUAACGCUGGCUCUGGAGCAGCAGGUGUAACAUUAUUUGAAUAACAGAGAGCGACCAACCAUCUACUAGAAAAGUAUCGCUGUUUGCUACAUUUGUUUACAAGAUCAUUUUACAUCAUAUUUGAUUCAGAUUGAUGCCACAUUUUGACCAGAUUAAGCCCAUUAACGUUAAUUUGUUAGCCGGUUAACGCGCGGUAGUCAUCAUGACAGGGGAGAAGAUACGCACCAUGCGAAAGGACCACAACAAACCCAACAAAAAUGAGGAGAUAUUGGACACGUACGAUGAGACCUCAACCGGGACUAUCCCUAACGGUACCGGUAACCAUUUAAAAUCCAACAAGGCUUUUCAGAAAUCAGAGAAAACCUCGGCACUGCAACAGCAGCUCAAUGAAAACAACAUUAAUGGAAAUCCAUCACCAAUUGGCACCAUUGUCAAUGAUAACAACAAGAACCCAAUAAUCCUGAGCACUGAGGACUUGGACUUCCCCGUUCAUGAGUGUGUGUUCAAAGGUGAUGUGAGGAGGCUCUCCUCUCUCAUCAGGACCCACAGCAUCUCUCAGAAAGAUGUACAUGGGAACACACCUCUUCACGUGGCUGUGAUGAUGGGCCACAAAGAAUGUGCCCUCCUGCUCCUGGCCCAUAACGCUCCUGUAAAGAUAAAGAAUGCACUGGGAUGGAGCCCUCUAGCAGAAGCCAUCAGCUACGGCGACAGGCAGAUGAUCACAGCAAUACUGCGGAAAUUAAAGCAGCAAUCCAGGGAGAGCGUGGAGGAUAAGAGGCCAAAACUACUGAAAGCACUAAAGGAGCUUGGUGACUUUUAUCUGGAGCUGCAUUGGGACUUUCAGAGCUGGGUGCCGUUGUUGUCCCGGAUGCUGCCAUCUGAUGCUUGUAAAAUCUACAAGCAGGGCCUUAACAUCAGACUUGACACCACUCUCAUAGACUUCACUGAUAUGAAGUGUCAGCGCGGAGAUCUCAGCUUCAUUUUCAACGGCGAGGCCGAACCCUCCCAGUCUUUUGUGGUUCUGGACAAUGAAGCAAAAGUGUACCAAAGAAUACACCACGAGGAGUCAGAGAUGGAGACCGAGGAGGAGGUGGAUAUUCUGAUGGGCAGUGACGUCUACUCUGCCACUCUGUCCACUAAGUCCAUCAGUUUCUCUCGCAGUCAGAUCGGCUGGCUGUUCAGAGAAGAUAAAACAGAGAGGGUGGGGAACUUCCUGGCUGACUUCUACACGGUGAACGGGCUGGUGCUCGAGUCACGGAAACGGCGGGAACACCUUAGUGAGGAGGACAUCUUGAGGAACAAAGCGAUCAUGGAGAGCUUGAGUAAAGGAGGCAGCCUCAGCGAACAAAACUUUGAGCCGGUGAGACGGCUGUCCCUCACAGCUCCCACUCCCAACACACUGUCCUGGGAAGAGUACAUCACUUCAGAGCAGGGGAAGCCACCUCAUCUUGGGAGAGAGCUGGUGUGUAAGGAGAGCAAGAAGAACUUCAAAGCUACUGUAGCCAUGAGCCAGGAUUUCCCUCUAGGCAUCGCGUCGUUAUUAAACGUGUUGGAGGUCAUCGCCCCGUUCAAGCACUUCAACAAACUCCGGGAGUUCGUUCAGAUGAAACUUCCUCCUGGGUUUCCAGUUAAACUCGACAUCCCCGUCUUCCCCACCAUCACAGCAACCGUCACCUUUCAGGAAUUCCGCUAUGACAAAUUUGAAGCCUCUACUUUCGUCAUCCCGUCUGAAUACAAAGAAGAUCCCAGUCGCUUCCCCGACCUCUGACCUGUCAACACGUCUGACACAAACAGGAAAUGACCAGCGGGCUAAUAUGUGCGAGACAAAAAAAGAGGGAAUCCUGUCAUGUUUUACUCUUAUAUAUUGUAUCCGUUUAAAAAAAAAAAAAAAAAAAGGGAACCGGUGUUAUUCAUCAGUUAUUGUUCAUUUUUGCUGAUGGAUCCAAAGUGAAUUGAUGCAAACGGAUGUAACCGAGCGCCAUCUUACAAAUAGAUGCUUAUUGGCAGUUUUUUUUUUUGUGAAAUGAGUGAUAGCUUUCGUUUUAUUAGCUGUUCACCACCUGAGCACCUCAAUGCGCUGUUCCACGCUGCUGUAACUUCCUGUGAAACUGUCAGAAGACACAGUCUGGACUCCUCACCACCCACUGUUUUAAUAUCUACUCUUAUAUCCUCAUCUCUUAUAAGACUUAUUACUGAAAUCUCAUUCUUUCAAAACUGCACUGACACUGUAAAUAAUUCACUUCUCAUCUGUAAUUCAUAAGAUCACAGAUAUAGCUAUAUCCUCCAACUGAGCUUAAUAUUCAUUUAUAAAUGAUGUACUAUAUAUAAAUGCAUAAACUCAAAAGUAACACUGUGUAGCAAUAUAUUUCCAGUACGUACGAAUGUUUUUAACCAUCUGGGGGAAGGUUUAGCAUAACACAUUUAACAGUUUCGAUAUCCAAGCCUUUUCCCCUGUGCAGGAAGCAAAGUCCUGUGCGUUCAGGUUAGCUCAUGUUACCUCUCGGCUGUCUCCAUGUUUGUCGUGAAAGAAAUCUGUGCUCGGUGUGAGUGAAUAAUUGUUCUGUAGCAACGGUUGUUGUGUGUCUAUUUGUGUGUGGGAGAUGGGAUAUCAGGUAAACUGUUCUUAGUUUAAUACUGCACUGAUGUUAAGUAUAUUUAAGGCAUGCUAUGGCUGUGUUGGCCUACUGGAUCACAUGCAUCUUUAAGCUAUAUUCUCAGAGCGAUUUAUUGGUACCAAGAUUAAGGAAAACUUGUAACACUUUGUAACAACUUUUAAGUUCUUACAAAACCUCUCAUUGAUGGUAGCGUUCAUUUCUUUCUCCUUUUUAAUCCAAUGAGAUUAAACUAAACUGUGAAGUUGAUGGUGAAACCUGAAAAUGUCCAGAUGGGAAAUAAUAGGAUCCAUUCAGUUGUUUCUGGCUUCAGCUUAUAUGUACUGCAACCAUACCUACUUCACGCCCCUUUAAAUAAAGCACCAGCAUCACGUUUCAACCGACUUUGUGCAAG